GUACAAUAAUACAAAGGAAAGUUAUUGAAGAAAUUUAAAAGAUUAUUAUAUAAUCUAAAUAUCAAUAACCUUGCAAAAAUACCAAUAGGACAAAAAAGCAAAAUUAAAGAAAAGUAAACAGCCUGGGAAAGGAAAAUUUGUGGUAAAUAUAAUUAAUUGAUACAAAUUUAAUAUUCUGAAUCCAUAGGAUUUGAUCCAUGUUUAUAUUUAUAAUACUGAUUUCCCAAUGGAGGAAUGGCCUGAAUGGCAUAUUGAUUUGAGAGUUUUAAAAGUAGGAAUUAGAGAUUUUUAAUAGGCACUUGGAAAAUUGUUCAAAUACAAAUUUAAAAAUUAAAGAUAUGCCUAUAAAAAUGGAUAAAAAUAACAAAUAUUAGGGCUAUAAAACAAUAGGGCCUAUCUUAUUUCAUUAGUAGGAUGGUUGAGCAGAAUUACAAAAAAUUAGAGCUGGUCCUCAAAGAUCAUCCUUCUUUAAUGUUUAAGGGAAGUUAUUAAGAGGCUGAAGUUAGUAGACUCCUUUCUCAAAGGCAUUGGAGAGAGACAAAUUGAGGAAGGGGAGUGAGUGAUCCAAGUACAGUAGAUUGGUCCUUGUACCACUGAAAGCUAGUUUCCUGUUUUGUACUGUUGUUUGGAGUGAUAGUCUGUUAGCAUCAUUAUAAAUUAAAAUUUGGCUAAAUUUUUUUUCCCACAUAUUAGAGACCAUAUAUUCCUUAUGAUGAAAAGGAAGACUAAAAUUUAUAGGAUGAACUUCUUCCAUGUUGUAUUUAAUGUUCUUUCUACACUCUUUUGACUUUAGCUUUAUUUCUCUACCCUAAAUUCUUUUGAGUUUAUUUUGUUCAAAAGAAAAAUUUCUGCAUACUAAUGUGAAAAGCAGUGUGAUUUGAACUUGGAAUCUGAAAUUGCCUGCUCUCUAAAGGAUAAAAUCCUGAUGCCUCUUUUUGGGGUUGAUUUCUACAAAUGGUAGAUUCUCAGGUUAGUCUGUGGAACAGUAAUUGAAUUUUAUUAUUCCUGUUUUAAGUACUUGGGAUUCCCAUGUGUUUUGUAUCAGACGUAGGUUUCUCUAACCCAGUAAGUACUUAGUAAAUGUAAGGGGAGGAAGUGAUAAUAUCUUGUAAGUAGCUCUCAUUAUCUCUCGAUUAGACCAUUUGAAAAACCUACCAGUUUCCCUCCUCCAGCCUCUCAUCCCUCUCUAAUCUCUGUCUUCUAUAAAGCUGUUAAAAGUCUCACUAUAUCACUUUUUUUUUUUGCUACCUAUAGGAUGAAAUAUAAAGUCCUUUCUCUACCUUACAUCCCAGAUUUGUUGCUAUCAUUGCAUUUUAUCCUCAGUCAUAUGGCCUUCUCUCUUUUGUUUUUCACACAAGACUUUCCAUUUCUUAUCACUAUGCUCCUUUGAACUGACCUCCUGUAAGGAGAAAAGGGGGCUUAUAUAAAAAGGUUGGACUAGAUUAUUUAAGAUAGGGUUGCCAGGAAUUUUAUGAAAUUCCAAAGAGAUUUAUUUACAGUUUAUUUACAAAAUAUAGAAAGAGUGAAGUUAGAAAAUCAGAGAGAGGAUCGGGUAAAAUACCUAGCCUAAGCACUAAGUGUUUUGCUCCAACCCCUGGCUCAAAAACAGGCAGGGGAGUUUAGUCCUUAAUUGGAGUGGCCUCAGCCCUUGAAGCCGAGGACCUGGAGAUUCAGGGAGCCUCUCUCAAAUGGAUAGGUCUCUCCUGAGGCUAGUCUCUUCAGAUAAUCCAGGAAAGGAGAGUCAGCUUUUUUCACUUGACACAUAUCAGUCCAAAGGGGAGAGAUUCAAGGACAGUUUCACCAUGUACAGGGUCUCAGGUCUAGUCAACAGAUUCUUUACCAGCCUUCAACUAGAACUCAGAACUCCAGAAGAAGUCAGAAGUUCUCUCUCAAGAUCUCAAAGAACUCCCAUGAAUCUAAAGGAUUCUCCUCCAUAGGAAGUUGGAAUUCCCUUUUAAAGACACUUUCUUUUGCAUCACUUCCUGUGCCUUCCUCCACUUUUUAUGUGGACAAAUCAUAGUCUAAAGCUUUGUUUAGGACUGCUCAGGGGACAGUUAGUCAAUUCUGAUUUGUCACCCACUAUCACACACGGUUCUUAUUGGGCAAUAGACAACAACCCUAAGGAAGACACACUGCCUUCACGGCCAAAGAAGAGGGCAAGAUCUGUAGAACGGGCCUCAACUCCAUAUAGCAUAGAUUCAGAUUCUUUGGGAAUGGAGUGUAUUAUUUCGGGAAGUGCCUCUCCAACUCUGGCAAUCAACACUGUGACUAACAAAGUAACUUUAUAUAAUCCUGAUCAGGAUGGCAGUGACAGUCCACGCAGUAGCCUUAACAACAGUCUCUCGGACCAGAGUUUGGCAUCUGUUAAUUUGAACAGUGUUGGAAGUGUACACAGCUAUACACCAGUGACAAACCAUCCAGAACCAGUCUCUCAGUCACUAACUCCUCAGCAACAGCCACAAUACAGCAUCCCAGAACGAGACAAACAACUACUUUUCUCAGAAUAUAAUUUUGAAGAUCUUAGUGCCUCAUUUCGAAGCCUUUAUAAGUCUGUUUUUGAGCAGUCACUUAGCCAACAAGGUUUGAUGAGCAUCCCUUCUGAAUCAUCCCAGCCACCCCACACUUCAUGUUCCUAUCAGCACUCUCCCAGCAGUACUGUGAGCUCUCACCAACACAGUGGCCAAAGUAGCUUAUCGAAUAGCCACGGCAGUGGUCUAGGCCCCACUGCCAAUAAUUCUGUGGCACAAGUUUCAUUGUCUCACCCCCAGAUGCACACACAACCAUCUCCACAUCCUUCCCAUCGACCGCAUGGCUUAUCACAGCAUCCACAACGUCCUCAGCAUCCAGCACCACACCCACAACAACACAACCAGCUGCAGUCUCCACACCCCCAGCAUCCGUCUCCACAUCAACACAUACAGCAUCAUCCGAAUCAUCAGCAUCAGUCGUUAGCACACCAGACACAUCCACCCCCACAGCAGGUAUCCUGUAAUUCUGGUGUUUCUACUGAUUGGUAUGCAACACUGGAUAUGCUGAAAGAAAGCUGUCGGAUCGCUAGCAGUGUUAAUUGGUCAGAUGUGGAUCUUUCACAGUUCCAAGGUUUGAUGGAGAGUAUGAGACAGGCUGAUCUCAAGAACUGGUCUUUAGAUCAGGUCCAAUUUGCAGAUCUCUGUUCUUCUCUUAAUCAAUUCUUUACCCAAACUGGUCUUAUUCAUUCACAGAGUAAUGUUCAGCAAAGUGUUUGUCAUAAUGCCAUGCACCCAACAAAACCUUCCCAACACAUUGGAACAGGAAACUUGUAUAUAGACUCCAGGCAAAACCUCCCUCCUUCAGUGAUGCCCCCCCCUGGUUAUCCUCACAUCCCACAGUCACUUAGCACUCCAGGAUCAACAAUUGCAGGACAUCAUGGAGCAAUGAGCCAGCAGCAUAUGAUGCCUUCUUCAGCCUUCCAGAUGCGACGCCCUCUGCCUCCAGAUGACAUCCAGGAUGACUUUGAUUGGGAUUCCAUUGUUUAGGACUAUGGAGGUCAUUAGAACUCUGACCUUGUUUUCCAUACAGUUUAAAAAAAAAAAAGGUGAACCUGAAUUCACUAAUGACAAGGUGAAGAUUAUAAUCACUAUAAAGAUGCUAUCUAAAUUUACUUUGAAGACAAUCAAAAAUAUUUAGCAGGAUAACUUAUGGCUUUUAUUUGACCCAAACAAGUACUCCAUGUCCGUUUCCCUGCCAGCUGCCGUAGCUCAUUACUGUCAUGUGAUUUGGACAGCUUUUAGCUUGUGUUGGUUUGAUGUUGACCACAAGUGCCAGACUGAUUUCUAGACAGAGCCUCUUUUGCUGCAAGCAGUUUAUAGAUACAUAUGUGUAAAUAUAUGUACAAAAGUAAGAAAAUUAAACUUUUUCCUAAUUGGGUUAUAACGUCUUAAGAAAAGUUACUGUGAGUUUUUCUACCUUAUUAGGCUCUUUUCUGUAAGAUUCUUUUCUUUUGUGUAGGUAAUUAAUAAGAAAUAAACUUUUCUAAGCCUGUUUUCCUUUUGUCCCCUUUUACCAUCUUAUAGGCCAAAUAGUACAUGUGCAUUUGACUUCUACCCAGCAAGCAAAGGAAUUCAGAGUCCAUAGUUUGAAAGCUUAGUACUACACAAACCCAAAGUGGCAAGUUUUUCAUGAGUAGCUAGCCGAAGAAAAAAAUAGACCAAAGUCAUUUAAGUUUUUGAAAUUUUGUCAAGUUUCUUAGCAAAUGUUGUGAGUGGCCUUUAUUUUUAAAAAUCCUCUGCAGUGGCUGUAAAAUUUAUUUGACCAAGUAGAAAUAGAGCACAGCCUGAUGCUUUAAAGCAAUCAUUGCUUAUACUUUCACUUUCUAAUAUAUUUAUUAUUAUAAAGUUUUAUUUUAAUAUUUAUUACUACUACCUUAUGUGAAAGUUCAGCUCCAGUUAGGCUCAUUAUAGAGAAAUAGAAAAGUUAAAGUAAAGCAUAGUUACAAUCCUGAGUAAUUGUGGAUGAUUCAAAAGAACCAAAUUGUCUUCUCUAUACUCAUUCUGGAUGUCCUGGGCAUAGCUAAGAGAAAGAUCCUUCAGUAGUCAGUUCAGAGUCCAUUUGGGUAUCUGAAUUGCUGCUAAAACUUAGAAAGUUGAAGAAGUUAACCUCUUACAAUUUCUCUUAAAAUUACUCUGAAACUAUGGGAAAACCAUAGAUAUCCUCUCCUAUGUGACAGAUUUGAAGUAUUUAGCUAUUUAUAGACUUAAUUCCUUGGAAUUGGACAUUUUCAGGUUUUCGUUUUGUUUCAUAGUUAAUACAAGUAAAUUUAUUUUCUUAGUUUUAUAAUAAAACUAGAGGAAACAAAUUUUGAAAGUGAAACAUUUAGAACUUUCAAUAGAGAGAGGAGAAAUUUCUCUCUUAACAAUGGAACAUCCACAGGCAGGCUCUUACAUAAAUCAAAGAGUGGAUGAAUGCCUGCCAGUAACCAUUCUUUAAAAGAUCUGAUCAUAACUGAGUUACCCACUCACCAUUGAUUGCAGUCAAGAAGAGUGGUCAUUCUGUAGUUGGGUAGCAGAAUUUCUUAACUUAGAAAAAACACAUAUCUUUGUUCUUUUUCAGGGUAGAAAUAGUGGAACGUUAUCUUAAAUGAAGCACAGGGAGACUACUUAUUGGGCCUAGUGAUGGAGAGGAGGGAGCAUCAUAAUGUAAGCCAGUUACCUCGUUCCUCUAGGUAAACCUAGAGGUCCCUUUCUUAGAAAGUGCAAAAGAGAGAUAUUUGAUAGGAAUAGCCCAUAGAAAACAAGUUUUGAUGGUUGUAUUCAAGGCCAGGUUAAACAUUUCACUGUCUAGAUAGAUGCACAAGGAGCUUCCAGUCCAUUUAGAUUUAUUAAGUAGCAACAUGCACUUUACACAUUUUAGAUAUUUAAAUACAGUCUAAUGCAGAGGGAUAAUUAGAAAUAUGGACUCUAGCUUAGAAACCAUUGAUUGAAAUUUUGCAAAUUGUGUAAGGCCAAUUUCCAAUUUGGUUAUAAUUUGUCAAUUCAUAUUUAUCAACAUUUUAUGUGAAUUGAGACUUAGCAAGUCUUGAGGUGAAGUCUCAGUACUGUCUUAUUACUCCCUUUCUGCCAUUUUGUGAUUCAGAAACAUGAGUAGAUUUAAUAGAAAACCAUCCCUCUGUGCCUGGACCUGGGUCUUCAUCCCAAUGUGCUCUGGGUGGUUGCUGUGUUUGAAUAGUUACAGAUUCAGAAGUUAUGCCUUGUGCUCAAAUUGACCAUACACUUUUAAGAAACAUUAAUAAAUGUGCAAAACUCACAGUGGGGCAGCCUGUCCAAGGAGAACAGUGCAACUGGCAUUUGUGGCCUGGUUUUUUGAAUGUCAAUGUGUCAAUGUGCUUUCCUGUAAAUAUUUGUCUCUCAUGUCCUUCUUGGGUGGGAGGGAAUUGACCUGGGGAUUAUUUCCAAUGGAAUAGAGUAUUUUGAUAUUGUUCAUUCAGAGGGUGAUGUGUACAUAUCUAUAUUGUAUAUAUGUGAUGAAAAUACAUUGGCUUUUUGUGCAUCACAACCUUUUAUCUGUACUGCUGUUCUACAGUCAGUGUUUUAAUGUUUCUACCGUUUUGUUAUUGCACGGUUUACUACUUUGCCUCUAUGAUGAACGGCACGGAUUCUUUGUAACAGUUUAGUGCUGUAGAACAUAUUCCAAGUGUCAUUAGGAUUGUUGCUGCCAGAACUGAUAUGCAUGAAUGGCACUUAAAAUAAAGAUAUUAUGUUAACUCCAUUUUUUAAAAAAAAUUGAUUUUAUAAGUUGUUUGCUGUAAUUGAGGGAACAGAUCUAAAAACAUGUCUUCAGAAUAGAUACAGAAACACGUAAACAGUCUAUUAAAACCUGCUAGUACUUUGUA